AUGCGAAAAUCAUCUCCAUGGCCAUCGCAUAUCGGUGUGCUGGAAGCAUGGCCAGAAAAAGAUUUAUGGCACAGUGAGCAUUUCACAGCCAAAGAAUUUAGCGAAGGCUCAUUUGAAAUUGUUAAAAAUCGAAGAAAAGAAAAAUUGAAAUUGAAAUAUACCUGGAAACGCCUUAGAAAUGCACCAUUUGUUGUUGUCCUGGCGAUGAAAUUAAGCGAAUCGGACAGUAAAAUUGCAAUGCUACUAAAGAAUUCAAGGCAAGAAUAUGUGCUGGACAACCUUGUUUAUCAUCGGCUUGAUAUUCAGGGCUUUCUCUCACAAAUCCCGACUACAGUCUACAUCACUGUAGUGUAA